CACUAAAGGAACUAAAAGAAGCAUCAGUUUUCGAUAUACCAACCAUAGGAAACAGCACAAUCAAUUGACUGCAGUUUUAGUAUUCAACACCAAGAUCACUCUGUUUUCCAUAUAUUUUAUUCAUCAUGGGUCAAGGUGCUUCUGGAUUGAAUCCCAAUAAUAAUUCCAAUAAAAAAGAUAAUAAAAAGGAUAAGCCAAAAUAUGAACCUCCAGUUCAAUCAAAAUUCGGCCGAAAGAAGAGAAAAGGUCCAGCUACUUCAGCAAAAUUACCUGUAGUCUACCCAACAACUCGUUGCAAAUUAAAAUUAUUAAAAAUGGAAAGAAUCAAAGAUCAUUUACUAAUGGAACAAGAGUUUGUAUUGAAUAAUGAGACAUUCCAACCAACUGCGAAUGAAAAAGUAAUUGAAGAAAGAGAAAAGAUUGAUGAUUUGAGAGGCUCUCCAAUGUCAAUUGGUACUUUAGAAGAAAUCAUCGAUGAUGACCAUGCUAUAAUUUCUUCCAAUUCUGGCGUAGAAUAUUAUGUCUCAAUAUUAUCCUUUGUCGAUAAAGGUUUAUUAGAACCAAAUUGUUCUGUAUUAUUACAUCAUAAAACCAUGUCAAUCAUUGGCGUAUUACAAGAUGACGAUGAUCCAAUGGUGAGUGUUAUGAAAUUAGAUAAAUCUCCAACUGAAUCUUACGGCGACAUUGGUGGUUUAGAAUCUCAAAUCCAAGAAAUUAAAGAAUCUGUUGAAUUACCUUUAACUCAUCCAGAAUUAUAUGAAGAAAUGGGUAUAAAACCUCCAAAAGGUGUUAUACUUUAUGGUGCUCCAGGUACUGGAAAAACUUUAUUAGCAAAAGCUGUUGCAAAUCAAACUUCAGCAACAUUUUUGAGAAUUGUUGGUUCGGAAUUAAUUCAAAAGUAUCUUGGUGAUGGUCCAAGACUUUGUCGACAAAUCUUUAAAGUGGCAGCUGAUCAUGCCCCAUCAAUUGUGUUUAUUGAUGAAAUUGACGCAAUUGGUACUAAAAGAUAUGAAUCCACUUCAGGUGGUGAAAGAGAAGUCCAAAGAACUAUGUUGGAAUUAUUAAAUCAAUUAGAUGGGUUUGAUGAUAGAGGUGAUGUUAAAGUUAUAAUGGCUACAAAUAAAAUUGAAAGCUUGGAUCCUGCUUUGAUUAGACCUGGUAGAAUUGAUCGUAAAAUUUUAUUUGAAAACCCUGAUCCAUCGACAAAGAAAAAAAUUUUAGGAAUUCAUACAAAUAAAAUGAAUCUAGCUGAGGAUGUUAAAUUAGAUGAUUUAGUGACUAGUAAAGAUGACUUAAGUGGUGCCGACAUUAAAGCCAUGUGUACUGAAGCCGGAUUAUUAGCCUUAAGAGAAAGAAGAAUGCAAGUGACAAUGGAUGAUUUUACUAAAGCUAAAGAAAGAGUUCUUAAAAAUAAAGUGGAAGAAAAUCUUGAAGGCCUCUAUCUUUAGUUUUAUUAAAUUUUCAACAUAGAUUAUUUUAUUUUAAUUAUUUAUACUUUUAAAUAUAUUAAUAAUCAACGGUUUAUUUCUUUU